AUGGAGGCCUUUUCGCUGACCAAAGCACCGCUUGUGGACCGUGCACACCGUUCACUGGCACCAAAGCCGGGUCCCGGCGAACGCCCUCGCGCUAUCGUUGCGAGGCUUCAUUACUACACGGAUGCUGUCAACAUUCUACACAAGGCCAGGGAGCUGCAGCGUAUCAAGAUGAGGGACAUGAACAUUUCUGUUUUCCCCGACUACACCUCGAAGACGGCUAAAGCUCACGCUGCUUUUAACGACAUCCGUCGCCAACUAAUGACACAACUUGCUCUCUACAGGAGGCUGAAAGGCUGUUGCUUUGGACACGUGCAACUCACUAUGAGCCUGGUGACAGCCUGGUAG